AUUAAACUGAUGACUGACAUCGGUGUAGACAUUGUGGCAAAUUACCUGGAUUCGUGUUCAUUUGACACUUGUGCUACCUUACCUGAGGUUGAGGCAGCACUUUGUGAUUUGGCCGAAGGCUUUGCCUUGGAUUGCUUGGAUAAUGCUGGAAUCAAUAUAGACAUCAGUCGCUGGAGAAUGGAAAACGGAUGCGUUGAGAAAUGUGGUGAGAAUAUGGUGUACAAGAGUUGUGGUUCAGCUUGCCCAGAGACCUGCUCCUCUCCACUUGACAAACAAUUCUGUACACAACAAUGUGUACACGGCUGCUUCUGUGCUGAAGGCUUUGUGCUGGAUAAUGACAAGUGUGUCAAGAAGCAGGACUGUGGCUGUGUCAUGGACAACAAGUACUACAGUAUUGGAGAGAGUGUUAUAAAGGAUGGCUGUAGUGAGAAGUGUGAGUGUAAGACGAAUGGGAAAAUGGACUGUAACCCACUAAAAUGUGAUGCUAACGCUGCCUGUGCCAUACAGGACUUUGUCAAUGGCUGUUUCUGUAAGGAAGGAUUCGAUGGGGAUGGCAUUCACUGUAAUGAUAUCAACGAAUGUACAGAAGAUCCAGCCCCCUGUGAUCCAAAUGCCGACUGUAAGAACACAGAUAGUAGUUUCACCUGCAAGUGUAAAGAGGGCUUUUCCGGCGAUGGAAAGACUUGUGUUGAUGACAACGAGUGUUUGAAAGGGGAGGACAACUGUGAUGAGAAUGCUGAAUGCAAGAAUACAGAGGGAUCCUUCAAGUGUAUCUGCAAGGAGGGCUUCAAGAUGAAUGACAAGAAGAUCUGUGAAGAUGUGGACGAGUGUAAAUCUGGAAGAAACGACUGUGAUAAGAAAUCCACUGAAUGCGAGAACACACCAGGCUCCUUUAAGUGUAACUGUCUUACUGGCUUUAAGCCAGUUGACCGCAGGGAGUGUGAAGAUAUCGAUGAGUGUGAUGAAGGGAUGCAUACCUGUGACAAGAAUGCUGACUGUGGGAAUCGUAUUGGUGGGUACAGCUGCACCUGUAAGCAAGGAUACGACGGCGAAGGACAUGAGUGCCAUGAUGUUGAUGAGUGUAAAGUGUAUUCCAAACCAUGCGAGGAGAAUCAGGUGUGUGAAAACACAGACGGGAGCUACAAAUGUGUGUGUGACAAGGGCUUCAAAAUGGGGAAAGAGGAAUGCGAAGAUGUUGAUGAAUGUACGGAAAAGAAACAUGACUGUAAAGCAGAGAACAGCGAAUGUAAAAACAUUAUCGGGUCUUUCGAGUGUGAAUGUAAGCCAGGAUACCAAGGAGACGGCAAAACAAAGUGUGAAGAUAUUAAUGAGUGCACACAGCCCGGGCCUCCUGUUUGCGGUACCAAUUCUGACUGCGAAAACAAGAAUGGAUAUAGCAACUCCUUCACCUGUACCUGUAAAAAAGGCUUCGAGAGCCCAGCACAUGACAACAGAAACUGCAUUGAUAAGAAUGAAUGCCUUGAUGGCAGUAAUGAAUGUCACAAGGAUGCGAUUUGUGAAAACGUUGAUGCCUCGUAUACCUGUGAAUGCCAGGACGGCCAUGAAGGCGACGGUAAAACAUGCACAGACAUAAAUGAGUGCACUGUGACACCAGAUAUCUGUGGGCCUAACAGCAAGUGUACCAACACACCUGGCUCAUUUGACUGUGCUUGUGUGGAAGGGUAUCAGUUAAAAGGGGAGUAUUGUACGAAUAUUGACGAAUGUGCUCGUCCUGAACUCAACGACUGCGAUGCUCUGGCCUUCUGUACUGAUCUGGAGGCCACCUUCCAAUGUCAGUGUCACCCAGGGUAUACCGGAUCUGGCAAAGAAGGAGACUGUGCACCCAUAAACGAAUGUGAGCUGAAGAUCGACACUUGCACACGGAGACAGACUUGUGCGGAUUUGGACCCUGGAUUUGAGUGUUUGUGCAAAGAUGGUUUUGAGCCAUUUGGAUCUGACUGUCAGGAUAUUGAUGAAUGUGCCACUGAAGAUGAUGACUGUAGUGAAUUUGCCGAUUGUGAAAACACAGAGCCAGGAUUUAAAUGCUCUUGUCAGUCAGGGUUUGAAGGAGAUGGGAAGAAGUGUACAGACAUAGAUGAGUGUACAAAAACCUGUAAGGACCAAGGUCAGAAGUGUACCAACAUGGUUGGAGGUUACACCUGUGAGUGUGAAGAAGGGUACGAGCCGAUGCCGGACGGAAGCUGUAAGGAUGUGGACGAGUGUGCUGAUGAACCAGGACCUUGCUCGGACAAUAUGAAGUGUGAAAACACACCUGGUUCCUAUGAGUGCUCCUGUGUGGAAGGCUUCGAAAUGGCUGAUGGCAACAAACAGGAAUGUAAAGAUGAGGAUGAGUGUGCAAGAAAAGAUAAACCACCGUGUGCUGCGGAUCAGAUCUGUGAGAACCUCAAGGGAGGAUACUCCUGUAAAUGUGCUUUGGGAUUUGAGAUGGCGUCUGGAAAAUGCAAAGAUAUAAAUGAGUGUUCCAAUCCGCUUAGCUGCAGUGAAAAUGCCGAGUGUAGCAACAAUGAUGGGUCGUUUGAUUGUACAUGCAAGAAGGGAUUCACUGGAGACGGUAUUACCUGUACUGAUGUGAAUGAGUGCGCAGAUGGAACUGCAGACUGCAGUCCGAAUGGAGUCUGCAAAAACUCACCUGGUUCAUAUGAGUGCAACACUUGUAAAGCCGGCUUUAAAGGAAAUGGCAAGGAAUGUGAAGACAUUGAUGAAUGCCAAGAGAACAAUGGAGGCUGUGACGUGAAUGCUGAUUGUAAGAACGUUGAUGGAGGAUUUGAAUGCAAAUGUGGGAAAGGAUUUACUGGUGACGGUCAGACAUGCAAUGAUAUUGAUGAGUGUCAGGCUUCUGAGUUUGAUUGUCCACCAUACAGCGAGUGUCAGAACAUUCCUGGAGGCUUCAGUUGUAUCUGUGAACAUGGUUAUGAAAAGGAAUUUGAUGAAUGUACAGAUGUGAAUGAGUGUGCAGUACCAGAUGCGUGUGGUAAGAAUGCUGACUGCUCAAACACCGAGGGCUCUUUUGAGUGUAGCUGUCCACAACAUUACGAAAUGCACACAGAUGGAAAGACAUGCCUUGCACCCAACGACUGUACAUUCGAUCCGAAUAGAUGUGGACCUGAUGAAGUCUGCAUAAAAGAGAGAGAUGGUGCAACAUGCUACUGUGCAGAUGGCUUUAGGCCACUGAUAUUUGGAUGUGAAGAUAUCGAUGAGUGUGUUGAAACAGCCCGUAUCUGUGGUGCAGGAAAGCAGUGCGUCGACACAUGGGGCAGUUUUGAAUGUAUCUGUAUGGAAGGCCGCAUCAUGGAUGAUAAAGGGGACUGUGUGGAUGUUGAUGAGUGCAAAGAUGGUUCUCACCUGUGUGAGGAGACAGCCAAGUGUGUGAACAAUGAAGGAAGCUAUGAGUGUACUUGUUCUAAAGGAUUUGAGAAGUACACUGAACUGAGUGGCACGAUCUCAUGUAUUGAUGUUGAUGAGUGCACAACAGGUGAAGCUGUUUGUGAUGAAAAUGCUGAUUGCAUCAACACUGAAAGCACCUAUGAAUGCAGUUGCAGACAAGGAUAUACAGGAGAUGGGAAGUCAUGCAAAGAUAUAGACGAGUGUGCUGGACCUAAUGGCUGCAGUGAGAAUGCUGUCUGUGUUGACGGUGUUGGCACGUACUCCUGUGAGUGUGUGAAGGGUUACAAGGGCAAUGGAUUUAUGUGCCAAGAUGAGGACGAAUGUGUUAACGGUGACCAUGACUGUGCAAAGAAUGCUGACUGUGUGAAUAUCGACGGUGGCUUUCAGUGUGUCUGUAAGAAAGGAUACAGCGGGCAUUGUGAUGAAUGCGAAGAUAUUGAUGAGUGUGCCACAGGCCUGGCUGAAUGUGACGAAAAUGCCGAAUGCUUUAACCUGGAAGGAACCUACACGUGUGGUUGUCCACCAGGAUUCCAGAGUGUUUUCAAGUUCUGCGUUAAUGUGAAUGAAUGUGCCUUGGGAAUUGAUGACUGCGGUCGAAAUGGAGAUUGUGUGGACACAGAGGGUAGCUUUGAGUGUAACUGUCACCUUGGCUAUCAGAAGAAUAAGGAUGGAGUCUGCUCAGAUGUCAACGAGUGUGCCAGUAAUGGUCAGAUCUGUGAUGAAAAUGCUGGCUGUUUUAACACUGAGGGAUCAUACGCUUGUAUCUGUAAUGUUGGAUUCAAGGGAGAUGGGGAAACCUGUGAAGAGAUCCACCCAUCAAACUGUGGGGGUCAGGUUUGCCACUCAACAGCCCGUUGUAAGAAUAACAUGUGCAUUUGUCCCCCUGGUGCCAGAGGUAACCCCAUCUUUGGAACAGAGGGGUGUACAGAUAUCGAUGAGUGUGCGGAGAAGACCAACAAUUGUGACCCAGAGGCGAACUGUAAGAACAUUGCUGGGUCUUACACCUGCUUCUGUAAGACUGGAUUUGUGGGGGAUGGUUUCACAUGUGAAGAUUCCCGUCCUAAGGGCUGCGAGUCCCCGACAGCUUGCUAUGACAAUGCCAAAUGCAUAGAUGAUGGAGGUGGCAGAUAUCAUUGUGAAUGUGCAGAGGGAUUUGAAUCAGUCACUGACUUUGAAUGUCUAGACAUAGACGAGUGUGCUGAGGCAUUCACCUGUGAACUUGACCAGGUAUGCUACAACACCCCUGGCUCCUUCCAGUGUAUCUGUGAAGAAGGCUACAGAUAUGACGCUGACAGUGACUACUGCGAAGACAUUGAUGAAUGUGAAGAGGGCACCCAUGACUGCGACGAGAAAUCAGAUGGUUCAGGCAACGGUUUUUGUUCCAACUAUGAUGGUGGUUAUGACUGUUCUUGUAAGCCAGGCUUUGAGGGAGAUGGCCGGAUAUGUGUAGAGGAAAACCAGCCUGGAUGCAAGACGAAGUGUGGCGCAGGACAGUACUGUGAAAAGGUCGGCAGUAAAGAAACGUGUGUGUGCCAGUCUGGCUUUGAAGCCAAAGGGGCCGACUCCUGUGUGGCAAUCGACCGCUGUCCAGAUCUGUGUGACAGAAAUGCAGCUUGUGAUUACGACCCGGCCCGUGGUUCUGAGUGCACAUGUAAUGAUGGAUACCGUGGUAACGGACGCUAUUGUGAAAAUGUGAACGAGUGUGCUGCAGAUAUGAGUGAGUGCAGUGAGGACGCCCGUUGUGAGGACACGGUUGGUUCCUACAAAUGUAUCUGUCCACCUGGGUACUCUGGCGAUGGCUUUACCUGUGAAUUUGGAGCUUUAGAAGACGACAACUGUGGGUGUGGCGAAAAGGGUAUCUGUGCGGACAAGGCGAACAGGAUCUGUGAAUGCGAUGUGGGCUUUGAGUUUGUUAGUGGUAAAACCGAAGAGCGAUGUUCAGAUAUUGACGAGUGUUCUAACUCUGGAGCCUGUCAUCCUCUGGCACAGUGCACAAACUCUGUCGGCUCUUACACCUGUAAAUGUAACCCAGGCACUGAAGGAGACGGAUACAACUUCUGCAAUGUUGAGGAGUGUGCUUCUAACCCCUGUAGCCCAGAUGCCACGUGCACAAACAUACCUGGAGGUCAUACCUGUAACUGUAAUGAAGGCUUUACUGGAGACGGCUACAACUGUGAGAUAGUGGGAUCCCCGUGUAAUGAGAACAAUGGCGACUGUGGAGAUAAUGCAGCCUGCACGACGGACGACAACCUGGCUGUGGUAUGUGUCUGUAAGGUUGGGUUUGCCGGAGAUGGGGUAGGCUGCUCUGAUGUCAAUGAGUGUGAUACUGGUCAACACGACUGCUCCAAGAAGGCCACAUGUACCAACUUUGAGGGUGGAUUCACAUGUGCUUGCAAUAAGGGAUUCUACGGAGAUGGCAAGACCUGCAAGAACAUCAAUGAGUGUGAUCUGAACAUUGAUGAUUGUUCUGAAAAUGCUGAUUGCCAAGACCUGGAGGGAGGUUUUACAUGUCAGUGUCUGCCAGGCUUUGUUGGAGAUGGUAAAACAUGUGGACGGGACUCUGGCUGUUUGACCCAAGACAUCUGUGACGUCAACGCUCAGUGCCUUCUCUUAGACAACACUUACCAGUGCGCAUGUAACUUCGGUUACCGAGGCGAUGGAAAGAUCUGUACCAAUGUUAAUGCUGGUGAAUGUAAGGAUGUGAAUGGGGAGUUAGUGUGUGAGUGCACUCAUGGUUACGCCGCUAAGGAUGGUCUGUGUGACGAUGUGGACGAGUGUGCUGAGCGAUCCCUUAACAACUGUGAAGAAGGGUCAGAGUGCAGGAACUACGACGGAGGUUACGAGUGUAUCUGUGACGAUGGUCAUCCCGCCAAAAAUGGUGUCUGUGGCGAUGCUAUGGAACCAGACCAUGAUGAAUGUGCGGACAUGAGCAGCAAUAACUGUGAUAGGUAUGCCACUUGUCACAAUACACCGACGGGCUACUACUGUCUCUGUACUGAGGGCUACAGCGGAGAUGGCAUUUCCUGUACAGACAUCAAUGAGUGUGAGAUGGGAACAGCAAACUGUGGUUUGAACAGCCAGUGUUUCAACUUGAUGGGAUCCUAUGUAUGCGGCUGCCUCAGUGGUUUUGACUGGGACGGCACAGCCUGUGUGGAUAUAGAUGAGUGCGGAGAGGGCUACGACAAUGACUGCAGUGACUACGCAGACUGUGAGAACAACGAGGGCAGUUACACCUGUGCCUGCUCGGCUGGAUACAAGGGCAAUGGAAAACUCUGCUUAGAGGUGAAUCCGUGUGAUGAGCCAGGUGUAUGUAACCCUAAUGCUGUCUGUACCAAUGAGGAGAACACAGCUGUGUGCACCUGUAGACCUGGAUUUAAGGGCGAUGGCAAUAAGUGCGACAGAGUGAAUGCCUGUGAAACUGGAACUCACAACUGUCAUCCCAAUGCUAAAUGUGAGAAUAACAAGGAUGGUUUCACCUGUACUUGUGAGAAAGGAUUUAAUGGGGAUGGAAUCCUCAAAUGUGAUGAUAUCAACGAGUGUGACCCGAACACACCAAACGGUGGAGGCCACCAGUGUGACCCAUCCAACAGCGACUGUCUCAACAUAGAUGGUGACUAUGAGUGUGUCUGCAGAUUUGGUUUUGCCAAAGACGGAAAAUACGGAUGCAAAGGCUAUGAUGUGUGUGCAAAGGAUGAAGAUGACUGUAGUGACAACGCCGACUGUAAAAGUGUGCCUGGAGGAUUUAUCUGUAAAUGUAAAGAUGGUUUUGAUGGCGAUGGAAAGGUCUGCACAGAUAAGGAUGAGUGUGCUGAUAUGACCUUCAACUGUCCUCCUCUAAAUGAUUGUGUGAACAGAGACGGAGGGUACAUAUGCCAGUGUAAAGAAGGUUACAAGAAGGAAGGAGAUACCUGUGUCGACAUUGAUGAAUGUAAAACGGGUGCCCAUAACUGUGGCGACCAUGCCAAAUGUACCAACACGAAAGGGGGGUACGUUUGCAUCUGUGAAAAUGGCUAUACAGCCACGCCUACCGGCUGUGUCGAUGCUGAUGAAUGUGGAACAGGCACAGAUGACUGCCAUGAGAAUGCCAAAUGCCAAAACACCAUUGGGUCUUUCACUUGCACAUGCAACGAUGGCUUCAAGGAAGAUGGAAACUUGUGUGUUGAAAUUGACCAGUGCGCUGAGAAUUCUGUGAAAUGUGGUGAGAAUGCCAUGUGUGUGCCAACUGGAGCCAAACCUCAUUGUCAGUGUCGAGUUGGUUUUGAAGGCAACCCUGAUAAAGGCUGUACAGAUAUUGAUGAAUGUUCAGGAAGUAACGACUGCAGCCCCAAGGCUAACUGUAAAAAUGAACCCGCUAGCUACUCCUGCGAAUGCAAGAAAGGCUACAGAGGAAAUGGCAAAGUCUGUGAUGACAUUGAUGAAUGUUUUGAGGGUAAAGACGAUUGCCACGAAUCUGCUGAGUGUACCAACACAGACGGAACAUUUACAUGUUCUUGUAAACCUGGCUACAAGGGCGACGGGAAAGCCUGUACACAGGUGAAUGAAUGUACAACAAAUGCUGACAUCUGCAGGGCUAAUGAGAAGUGUGAGGACACAGAAGGCUCCUACCUGUGUCUGUGUGUGGAAGGCUUCAGGAAAAACUCAGCUGGCUUCUGUCAAGACAUUGAUGAAUGUGCCGAAGGCCUGGCCACCUGUCAUAAGUAUGCAGGAGAGUGUCUAGAUAAAGAUGGAGGCUAUGACUGUAGGUGUAAAUCAGGAUUUGAGGAGAUGGACGCAAGUGUACAGAUAUCAACGAGUGUGAGAAGAAGACCAGUGGAUGUCAUGAACAUGCUACCUGUACAAACAUUGAGGAGGCUCUACCUGUAGCUGUAAGGCUGGCUUUGAAGGCAAUGGAUAUUCCUGCGUGGAUGUGGACGAAUGCACUCGGGGUGAACCAUGUGGAAACAGCGCCACGUGUGGAAAUACCAUUGGUUCCUUUGUCUGUAACUGUCUGCCAGGCUUCAGAAAACGGGACGAUGGCAAAUGUGAAG